CAAAAGAAACGGUACAAGAGGAGUGGUGUGGCUCAUAUAUCUUUCUCUCCUGAUCCGAGGGUUUUGGCGGGAAUAGGAGUGAAUCGACGGCCAUGGCGGAGAGCCACACUCAUAACAACGAUCCCUACGCCUUCCUAUUGGAGCUUUCCCGCAUAUCAAUGUCCCAGGAGAAACUAUUGAACCACACUCCUUUUGUCGGAGAAGACACUCUUAACUCACAGGAGACUGAGGAUGAUGUCCCCCAAGACGUUUUCCACACGCCGCCGGAGGAGUCCUCGCCCCCCUCUUCGGAAGAUUUAGGAAGGAAUUCCGAGUUAGGGGUUUCGGGGUGCACGCGAGGCAAACGCCAGUUCGAUGAUUGGGGGGUUUUGAAAAGGGGAUUGUCUGAUUUAGGUGAGCCGUCGGUGAAUAAAUCGAAACUUUCGGAACCCAGUUUAGGUUUUGAUUCUGACAAAUUGGUUGAGGGGAACAGGUCUGUAGAAGCUUCUGGAAUGCGUCAGGCACAAGGUCUGCGUGUGUUGCCGCCCUCAUUGCGUGGUCGUUUGGAGAAUGCGGCAAGCGGGAAGGGUCAGGGCCGGGAGGAAAAUCAGAUUCCUGUUUUUAAUGCAUUGAAACUUUUCUCGAAGAAUAGUCGUGAAGAUGACGAUAUUCUUGAUAGUCUCACUUUGUUCCAAGUUGCAAAGCGUCGUGGUAUUACUUUUCCUCGUCCAAGGUGGUGGCCCGACGGGGAUAACUUCAACCCACAGGAAUAGAAUAGUGUAAACAAACCCUUUUUUUGUUUCUUUUGGAACGGAGUUUGGUAGAAAUCCACACUUUUUUGCUUUGUAAAAACUUCUGUUGUAAUGUCGUGUUUUUUUAAACUCCUUUUAGGCUCGAUUUCUUUUUCUUCUGCGAGGAAAUGCCGUUUGUUCUUCACUAGAUUUCUGCUAUGUAUGGUUUCGGUUGUCGUUUGUAUGUCUCUUGUAAUUGUGGCCUAAACCUUGAAUGACGAUCACUAACCUCGUAUUUGCAUGCCUUUCUGGCUUAUUCUUUAUAUUUAACUGUA